AUGUGCAACAUUCUCAACGCCUAUGACCUCCAUACGGUUUUUGACCCAAGGCUAGCUCAAGAUGACGUGCCCUACGUAGCCCAGGUUGGUACCGUCCUUAUCGAUGGAUUUUCACGCGAGGUCUAUCUCAUUAAUGGCCAACAGCCGGGUCCAACGAUUGAAGUCGAUGAGGGGGACGACGUGGAGGUGUUUGUCAAAAAUGAAUUAUCGGUUAAUUCUACAAUCCAUUGGCAUGGGGUACUACAACGUGGAACACCAGACAUGGACGGUGUUCCAGGGGUGACACAGUAUCCGAUACCGCCCGGUGGAAAUUUCACAUACCGAUUUUCUGUCAAGAAUGAAUACGGAUUCUACUGGUAUCAUUCCCACUUUCGCGCAUACUACAAUGAUGCUGUACGAGGGCCUUUGGUUAUCCGUCCGGCAGCAUCCCGCCGCCGGCCAUUUGAGGAACUAGCCGAGGACAAUGCGGAGCGCGAUAAGAUGUUGCAAGCUGAGAAAGACGCUGUCGCUGUUCUACUGAAUGAUUGGACCCAUGACCUUUCAGACGCGAUAUUUGAACGCUACCUGCAAACAGGCGCCUUUCCUGGCUGCGUUGACAGCAUCCUUGCAAAUGGAUUUGGCAGGGUGGAAUGUCUGCCAAAGUCUAUGCUCGAUGCUGGACCAGGAUUAGGUUUAAGCUUGGAGCCGACCUCGGUGCACCAUCCUUCUUCCACGGCGACGCGGAUGACCACAUCUGCGGAUAUGGAAAUGUCUGGGAUGGUGAGGAGGAUGGAUGGCAACGCCAACGAUGACACUGUCAACCACAUGACCAUGCCUGCAAUGUUUACAAGUGUAUCAUCGGAGCCAAUCACGUCCACGACAGGCGAAAUGGGCAUGGCCACCUCAGCAAGCAUGGGCCCAUCAAUGGCACUGGGACCCCGCGGCUGUACACCACCUAUGAUGUUUCGGUCAGGAUACAACGUUAGCUCACUUCCACCAGAAACCUGUAUGAAUACUACGUCACCUCAAUUGACUAUCACAGCAAAUGCAUCUCAGGGGUGGCUUGCCCUUAACCUGGCCAAUUCUGGAGCAGUUAGCGCUCUUAGGGUGUCACUUGACAGCCAUUCAAUGCACGUUUAUGCUGCCGAUGGUCUCUACGUUAAUACACAGGAGGUGAAAGUUCUGGAGAUCGCUAUUGGCCAGCGAUACUCGGUGAUGAUAAAGCUCGAUCAGCGACCUGGUAACUACUACCUGCGAUUCGCCACUUAUCCUAAUGGCGACAUGCAGCAGGUCCUGGAAGGCCAGGCCAUAGUGUCUUACAUUACUGACGGAAAUAAUGUCACUCCACCGGACAUCUCGAUCGACCCUGCGUCUAUUUGGAUGCUGACUAACGGUUCAACUAAGCACGGCGCUAGUGAACUGGUCGAGACGAAAUUAUCACCGUUCGAGGGCAAUGGGCCUUCACGAAAGGCUGCAGACUUAACGCGAAUGUUUACCAUCAACCAGACUGGCAUUGUUACCUGGGUUGUGAACCAGGAACCGUAUGUUGAGGCGGAGGUUCCACUAAUAUACGGGAACGUGUCCGAUGGGUGGAAGGCGAGCACUACGCUGCAUAUGCCGUCGAACUCGACUAUCGAUAUUAUAAUGAAUGUCGCGAAUGACUCCAUGGAUACGAUGGGCCAUCCAAUGCACCUUCACGGCCAUAAAUUCUGGGUUCUGGGCUCCGGCAGUGGAUCGUUUCCAUAUCAAUCAGUGGCGGAAGCGCCAUCGUCUGUUAUCAACCUGGAUGAUCCACCGUAUCGGGAUACGGCGAACUUGCCACCGGCAGGAUGGCUAGCAAUCCGCUAUGUGACUGAUAAUCCCGGGGCAUGGAUACUGCACUGCCAUAUCCAGUGGCAUAUUGUGACUGGGAUGGCUCUGGUCCUAGUUGAAGGGGAAGACAGGCUCCAAAGCAUGGUUGGAUCGUUCAACAGCUCGGGAAGCACAGCGACGUCUGGCAGCAGUAAAACCAGCGUCGCCAAUAAGGCUUCAAUUUCGUUUAGCACAAUCCUCGCGCUAAGUGUAUUGUUUGUUGUAUAG